AUGGCUUCUAAUUACAUGUCGGUGGGUUCUCGACGGGCAAGUGCCGGUGGCCGGCCUGUAGCCCAUGUCUUCUGCUCCUCCUGCAAGGAACGUCACAACCGCCGAUACCCUGAUACAGGCAGUAUAUUCUGCAAGGUCGUCUUUCCCGACCUUGUGUUCGCACAAUAUGUCUACAAAACUCCCCUCACCGGUCGAUUUCACUGUCCGCGGUGCCACAGGGCAUACCAAGAUCCAGGCUGUUUGGAAGAGCAUGCGAGUCUGUCGUCGGCUUGCCACCCCCCGGCGUCAACAUCCACGAGUCAUCUGCAAUUGUACUUUCCGCCAUAUAUCACGUUGACGUCGACAUCCAAGGCUCAGGAAAGAAGCUGGCGCUACUACAAUGGUUCUACUCUCAGGUACUCACAAACUCCACGAUCAAGUGCAGUCAUCGGGACAUCUACGGUUCUAACGGGUAUUGAUCUCAUUCAACAAAUCAAUAAUCUCUUCCCGAAUGAGGCUACGACCAGCAGGAAAUCACUUGAUGGCGCUCUGGACAAGGAUUCCGAUGGAAGCACUAAGGACGAAGUGGAUACGCACAGGCAGCAUGCCACAGUUACACAGGAAUCCAAUAUCGACACUGAGGAGCUCGAGGUGGAAAUGGACUGCUUGCGUUCUUUGUCUCCUGAUCUUGCACUGCCCGACCUGAACGAUCGCGAAAUGUCCUCUGUUCCUUCUCUUCAGUACCCAGACAGUGAUGAUGAACUUCAAGAAAACCUUCAGUCGAGCCCUUCGUCGCACCAUUUGUCUCUGGCGGAUCGUACCAGCAUGGAUGUCAACGUUCCGCGCGGAGUUGAUCUGCACCGGUCAACCUCAUCUGAUAUUUCACUAAUUGACCCGGUAUUCUUGCCGUUGCAUACGAAAGAGACGUCUGGGGAAAAUUCAGGGGCCCGGACACCAGUCUCCAACGACCUUCUCCUACCUCCCGUAGGAAAUUCACCGAUUUCACCUCCGAUGUCUCACAUGUCGCCUGUCAACCUCUCCCUGUCCACUGUUACAGGGCGUUCUGGCUCUGUAGAUUCUGCGCAUUUCGAAGGCGGAUCUCUGGAACCAUACUCUUUACCGCUCCCGAUGUCUAAUCAGAACGAGACAGCAUGUCCUUCGACAUUGAGUAUUAACGCGACGACGGACUCCGCCUCCUCGGCUCAGUCCUCCCAUGCUACAGCUUCACCUUCGCAGCUAGGCAUUCUCGGCCCUGUCUAUCUGUUCUUGCGCAGCCUCGCGACGGAUCUCUCCUUCCUUGAGCCUGCAUUCCACUCAUUCGGGUGCCGUAGCGGAGCUGACCUGGACGCGCUCUGUGCGAUGUCGGAGGACGAGUGGUCUGUCUUAUAUGUGCACCUCCGCACGCAGCACGGCGGGGACCUCGCUCAAUGGCCCGUCCUGCGCGCAGGCCUUAAAUCGCGUCUUUCGGCUCUACCGAGGCGCGUUGGGGAAGAUCGUGCGUCCGGUUCUCCAGCUCCCACGCUCCCGCCCUGCAUUGGCUGGGGCAAUCCCAUAUGCGCGUUCUUGAACGGGCUGAAGCGUCCGCUCUUGCGGCACGCGGCACUCUUCUACGCAUGGGGCUUGCGCGAUGUCGAGGACCUUGAGGCGCUGUAUGCGGCGAAGGACCAGUGGGAUACCGUCAUUCGGGAGGAACUGUUGGGCCGGGGUUUGACCUUGAUGCAAUGGUUGGUCCUGCGAGGGGUUGAAGGCGCGCAGGUGACACUACAGGUUGUGAUGAUGUCUUGGCUCGUUUUGGUUCUUCUCUCUUUUUCUGUGAGUUAUAUCGCUGUUGUUGCUGUAAGUGGGCGUACGCCCUGUUGUACUAGUUCUUAUGUGAUAUGA